AAAAUGGCCUUGUGUUUUUUUUAUUAUUAUUAUUAGUCGCGAGUAUUUUCAAUGUGACGGUUUUGGUGCCUGCAGUACAGUUCUUUCAGUACGAUUCUUAGUCUAACUGGUCUAACCACGGUUGUCCGGGCUACGAAAGACGUAGAGCUGGACAUCAAACAACAAGACCCGUUCGUGUGCGGCUUCCCACAAUGCGUGCAGUCAUCCAGCGAGUUCGAUCAGCAGCAGUCCAUGUCGAUGGGCGCGUGAUAAGCAGCAUUGGCCGCGGCCUGUGCGUGUUAGUUGGCAUCCAUCGGGAUGACACCGAAGACGACAUUGAUUACAUCGUACGCAAGAUCCUCAAUCUCAAGCUGUUCGAUGAUGACGCUGGCAAGCGGUGGAAGCUGUCAGCGAGGGAGCUGCAGCUUGAAGUGCUCUGCGUGAGUCAGUUUACACUCUACGGCACACUCAAGGGAAACAAGCCCGACUUCCAUCUCGCCAUGGAAGGGGACCAUUCGAAGCAGUUCUACGAGAGGUUUCUGCACAAGAUCAGGACGGAGCACAAAGAGGACCUUGUCAAGGACGGACAGUUUGGAGCAUUAAUGCAAGUGGACAUUCAGAACGAUGGCCCGGUCACCCUGGAAAUCGAGUCGUCUGCUUUCCGAAAGGUUGUGCCCUUGCCACAAGAGCGUGGAGAACCGGAUGGUGGUGCUGCGGACGAUUCAGUUCCUUGAGCGAAUGCGAAAAUCCAAGACUGUUCUGCCGAUUUUAUUAUAAAGAACGGCCCCUGUGUGAUGCCAUCUGUGUCAUAGCUCCGUGUCAUGCUAUGUCUUCCACCAUUCGAGGGCACACAGUGAUUAUUAUAAUUGGACCUAAACUGGAGGAGCUCAUGUACGAUGGUGCACUGUGUGGCUUUUCAUGGUAAACUGGGCAUCAUCAAGUGGGUAUUUAUAAACACAGUUUCCUAGAUACACAAAUGGGCAAAAACAGCGUGCAGAUGGACGGGACGAAGAAAAGGAUACACAGAACAAGCACUGACUCUCAGCUGUGAUUUAUUAUUACACAGAUGCUUGCUGUUGGUCGAGCAAACUUUCAUAUCUGCUAUCAUAUGCAAAGCAGGAUGUGAAGCAUUUUGCAGCACAAUGAGAUCUCAGCAGCUUAUGGCCCGACCUGCCACCUGGUUGGCAUUAACGCCCAUCACUAAUCGUACGGAUCACCAGCAGAUAUGCAGUGUCUCAAUAGCAGUUAUUAGUUUUAUAGAAGGCAGUGAACUUUACCGACGCAUUUUUGCGAAGUGUUCACUAUUGGUGGUGCGUAUUGAAAUUUCAAGUUAUAGUGAGACUUACCAUAACGGAUGUGUCUUUCUGAGCACAGCACAAGGUUACAAGGGCACAGCACAAAGCCAACAGUAGUAGCUUUCUAAUCGGCUGUGGUGUUAUGCUGGUAAAUGCAAGGGCAUGGGUUUCAUUUCCAGUCAUGGCAUUUUGAUGGCAACAAAACACUAUACAGUAAAACCUCGGUGAUACGAAUCUCGCGGGGUUACGAAAAAUAUAGCAUACGUUUUGAUUUAGUGUGUCUCAGGGCCGCAGCGACGUCAUGAACAGCUCUGAAUGAUUGCCAGUAAAUUUUUAGACGUCAACGAUCAUACUUGUACUCGUAAAUAUACGGCGUAUGCGCGCGUGUGUAAUUAUGAACCAGAUGUGCUGUGCCCCGUGACCGCUUGUGGCCCCUUCCUAAUCUUACUACGCUUUUCUGCAUGACAACAGAGUACUGCGGCACAAGUGACUUAAGAAGCGCUUUGCACACGAUAGAUAGAGGCCAAGCUCCUUCGCCAAGACCCUCCGCUUCGUCUCUUGGGGUCUUUGUCCACCUUUAAUGCGACUUCAUGACGGACCCGCAGCCCAAGUUUCAGUCUUCUUGCAUCGACAUGGCGGGCACGUGUUAACACAGUACAAAGACACUGCUGCCUCGAGCACCGGAGCACGCGUCAACGCGUCGAAAAAAAAAGCGCGACGUCAACGUCAUCUGUAAUCUAAACGCUAAGGCGCAUAAACACCUCGGAAAUUCGCCCGCGCUAUCUCGGAGGCAACGACACACCAUUGAUAGUCGCGCCGCGCGCAUGUCCGCGCCCGCGCGUGACCACCGCGUCUUCCGCGACAGCACGGGCCGCACCUGUUCGUACCUGUGCGCCAGCAUAUGUUCGUAUCAAACAUCGCGGGGUGCAAAUCGGUUCGCAACAACCGUACUCCAAUACAUUGCAGGCUAAUGGGCCUUGGCUGGGGCCACAGAAAAAUUCGUUUCACCCUCAAAUUCGUACGAGCUGCAGCGAUCACGAGCCGUGAUCGUAUCACCGAGGUUUUACUGUAUUAGCUGUGUUCUUAUAUUUAGGUGCACACUGAUAAACUGCAGGUGCUCAGAAUUGUUCUUGGGGCCCACACUAUGGUGUGCCUCAUAAUCAUAUUGUGGUUUUGACACGCCAGAAUUUAAUUGUUCUUUAUUCCAAAGGAAGUUGCCUUCCACUGCAAGUGGAAUGCAAAAGCACACCCGUGUGCCAAGCUUUGGUUGCGCAGUGAGAAAAAUUUAGAUGGCACAGAUUUGUCCAAAAACCUCAACCAUGACACCUCUUGUAUACCCCAUGUUGCUUCAAGAUGCUUCAAUCGGUUGCUCAAACCUUUAUUGGCACAUCGGGCUUGGCAGUGUGGCUCUGUGAUAAUCGAGAUCGUGCUUUAUGUUCUCUCAGUGGGAAUGCAUAUGUCUUCAAUAAUUUCAUUAACACUCUUGUUAUGUGCUUUUGUUAAGAUUAAAGUGUAAAAUUCUGAGCUCAGCUCUUUUUGUCUAUUACUUCAUGCAUUUAUAAUGCAGUGUUUCUGUUGUAUUUGUUGAAUGUGGCUAUUAUUGCUAUACUGUGGCGUCUUUAAUACAAACAAAGUAUAAUUCAAGCCAGGGUCACAGCAUUUACUUGUCCAUUAAUAGGAGAUGCAUAGAAAGCAUAGAUUAAGGUACUCCUAUGACCUCUCAGUUCAUGGCUAUGCUCUUUGCUAAAGAAAGGGAGAAAGUCUAAAGAAAAUUGGUAGAUGCCGUGAUAACCGGUCAUGGAGAAUGAGCAUCGAUUAAGGAAACACACCUAUGUAUAGAAGAAUCAAUACUUUAAAGUGCUAUAGACCGCAUUUCUUUUUC